AUGGCAUCAGCAAAUCCGUUUAUUAUGGGUCUUCAUGACAAUGACAACUGCAGUAAUCAGCAAAAACUAUGGUCACAGCAGUGGAUCGAACUUAUUCAACAAUCUACUGGCUAUCGACAGUUUGGUUCGGAAAUCCGCAUAAGUUUUAAGUUUGACAAUUUUUUUUCAGGCGACGCAACAGCUGGCUUAUUCUUGCAACCACUACGAAAAAACAAGCGAAUUCGAACGGCUUUUUCACCCACACAAUUAGUUCAACUUGAAAAAGCUUUCGAAUUAAAUCAUUAUGUGAUCGGAAAUGAGCGCAAGGAACUUGCAGCAAAGUUGUCCCUUACGGAAACACAGGUCAAAGUGUGGUUUCAAAAUCGUCGUACUAAGCAUAAACGGGUAAAAUGUGAUCCAGGCAAAAUGCUAAAUUCAGCACGUACUAAAUAA